UUCCAGUUCCGAUCCAACUACGGCUUUGACGAUCCCAUGGAGGGCGUUCUAGGCGCCGGCAUGAUGCGCGGUACCGCUCGCCGCUUUGACGAAUAUUACCGCUGCUACCCAGUCGCGAUGCUUCCCGGUCCCGAACGAGAGAAUGUCAAUCAUGGUGGCAAAGUCAUCAUGCCGCCUAGCGCUUUGGACAAGCUCACACGUCUUCAUAUCACCUAUCCUAUGCUCUUCGAGCUGCACAAUGGUGCGAAGGAGAGAAUGACCCAUGCUGGCGUACUGGAGUUCAUCGCUGAGGAGGGCAAGAUCUAUCUGCCAUUUUGGCUCAUGCAAACAUUGCUUUUGGAGCCUGGUGAUCUUCUUCAGAUUAAGUCAACAGAUCUUCCCCCAGGUCAAUUCAUCAAACUCCAGGCCCAGUCAACUUCCUUCCUCGACAUCAGCGAUCCCAAGGCCGUCCUCGAGAAUGCAUUCCGUAACUUCUCCUGUCUCACGAAAGGGGACGUCUUCACGUUCGCAUACAACGAUCAAGUCUACGAGAUGGCGGUUCUUGAGACCAAACCUUCAGGCUCCAGGAGUGCGGUAUCCGUGCUUGAAACCGACUUGGAAGUCGACUUCGCUCCCCCUACUCCUGGAAGUGUCAUAGGUGGAGGCAAACUACCUGCCGGGGGGCUCCUACACCCUCACGGUACUAUGGCUCAAUCCAUCAACUAUUCCGCCAUUGCCCCGGAAUCGACAGAGGCCGCCGCUGGAGCCAAGGCAGUGUCAUCCAACUUCUUGUCCGGAGGUCAACGUUUGAAUGCGAAAAAGGGUAGCAAAAACCCGACACCCAAAGCGAGCACCCCAGUUCCCGGAGCCACCAAUCCCCAGCACCCACCGCCAGUCCGAAGAACCAACGGUCCCCAGCCACUUCGACUCCCUCCCAACCAACUGUUCUUCGGUUACGCAAUCAAGCCACCCAAGCCGCGCGAUGAGAAUGGUCAAGUCAUUCCGGAGGAUCAGCCUAAGUUCCAGGGCAUCGGACAGACCCUGCGGGGCAAGAAGAAGGAUCUCGGAGAGUCGGCGACGCCCACCUCGGGAAGCGAGGCCGAAGGCCAGAAGGGCAAAGGUACUGGUGGUGGUCGGACCCUUGGCAAGAAGCGCUAA